UUUGAUUUGCUAGAAGAAGGUGACCAGAUGGAAUGGCUUAGUGACCGUCGUGCAGCUAAUUUUCGUGAACGUCGACGAAUGUGUAGCAUCAACAUCGCUUUUAUGAGAUUACGGAGAUAUAUCCCCACAUUUCCGUACGAAAAACGUUUAUCGAAAAUAGAUACACUGAAUUUAGCAAUUGCAUAUAUCUCACUUCUUGAGGGCUUACUGAACAGUGACAACAUGCAUAUCUACCUAGAAGAAGCGUUAGCAAUGGCACGAUCUCGAAAUUCUCAAGCACCUUCUUGGAGUACAAGUGAUUUGUUAGCACGUCUCAGUUGGAUUAAUUGGAAAAAAUUGGGAAUUCAACCACUGAGCUAG